GCUGCAUUCGAAACGUGCUUCCUUACCUCGCGGUAGGUGCUGUCCGCAUUUUUGUCGUGCCAUGGGGCGACGGUCGCCCUCGUUGGCGCCAUGCAAGUCGUGAUCAUCGCCAUGACGUACGUGGGACCGAUGGCUGUGAAGGCGAUUCUUCAAGCCAUCGAAGGCUCCGAUUUCCACAUGGUCGUGGUGAUCCAGGCCCUUGCCAUGCUCGUGGCGUCGAAAAUCCUGUCUGCGUUCGUGACCGCUCAUGCUGACUUGAUCACGCAACGCAUGGUCCUUCAAUGCACGUCCGCUCUUCAGCACAUGCUGUUUCUUAAGACUCUGCGGCUGGACGCGGCGCGGCGCCGGGAAAAGACCGCCGGGGAUAUUGCCAACUUGUUUUCGUCCGACAUGCAGUGGAUCACUGCGUUUGCGACGACGGUGAACCAAGUGUGGACGGCUCCCGUUCGAGUCAUCGUGACGCUCGUUAUGUUGUACAACGUGAUCGGAUGGGCGGCGUUCGUCGGGUCCGGCGCGCUGGCCCUAGCAUUCGCGGUGAACCACAGCAUUACGAUCUUACAACGGCGUCUUCUCGCAACGUACAUGCUCAAGAAAGACGGCCGGAUGAAGGCCGUCGCUGAGAUCUUCGGCAACAUGAAAAUCGUCAAGCUACAAACAGAGGAAGCACGCCUCGAGGCCAAGAUAACCGCGCUCCGCAGGACGGAAAUGAAAACACUCGGCUCGUAUGUCUUCGCGGAAGCUGCGCAGACGGCGCUCCUGUUCACGACCCCCGUGCUCACCACGCUCGUGUCUUUCUUUACGUACACGAUCGUGAUGCGGGAAACACUCAGCGUGAGUAAAAUCUUCACGGCCAUGUCACUCUUCGCGCUGCUCAAGUACCCCAUGAUGGGCCUCCCCCAGGCCAUCGUUGCGUUCAUGCAAGCGUUUGUGGCCGUCGAACGCAUGGAGGAAUUCUUGACAUUAGAAGACAAGCCCGUCGUUGACAACGUUUCCCCUGAAAUCUCCACACUCCCUUCAAUUGAAGUGUCCGAUGCCACGUUUGGUUGGGACGCGUCGACGAGCAUCUUCCGCAACGUGUCGCUCGCGAUCGACCGUGGAGAAUUGGUGGUGCUCCAUGGCGCGGUAAGUCAAGGAAAGUCCUCGCUUUGUGCUGCCCUUCUUGGCGAGAUGGUCACUCAACGCGGGACUGUCGCCAUUCGUGGGGCCGUCGCGUACGUGCCGCAGCAGCCGUGGAUCCAGCACAUGACGAUCCGAGACAACAUUUUGUUCGGCUUGCCGUUUGACCGUGUCAAGUACAACCGCGUUAUCGAGGCAUGUGCGCUGACGAGUGAUUUUGCAUCGCUUCCUGCUGGCGAUCGCAUGGAAAUCGGACAGAGAGGUGUCAACUUGUCGGGUGGCCAGCAGGCGCGCAUCAGUUUGGCCCGUGCUUGCUACACCGACGCUGAUAUCUUCAUCUUGGACGCUCCGUUGGCCGCCAUGGAUGCGGCAGUACAACGCCAGGUCUUCUCCAAGUGCAUUCUUGGGCUUCUCGCCACCAAGACGGUUGUCCUGGUCACACACAACCCGGCCUGGAUCGCGUCGCCAGCCGUGCACCGGACGCUGGAGCUUGUGGACAACGGCACUAUUGUUGACAACGUCGUGUUACCUAAGCAUCUAGAGCCAGAAGAGGAACCCGUUCCAGCACGGACGCCGCCGCCGGCAUCUCGCGAAUGCACAUCGAAUCCCUCGAUUCCCGCAGCACUCGUCGAAGGCACGUUGCGAUCGCCAGUUGCUGCGCUUGCGGACACGCCGCUACACCAUGACUUUGAUCAAGGCCAUAUCGAAGCACAGCAAAUUUUGACUGGAAAGCUGAUCGCUGAGGAAGCACGAAGCAAAGGGCGGGUCAGCAAAGCCGUUGUUUGGACGUAUGGCCAAGCGUGUGGUGGCUGGCCUGUCCUGGUCGUCCUGGGUUCGCUUCUCGUAUCGUACUCUGGGGUGCAAGUCGCGAGUGAUUUGUGGCUAUCAAAAUGGAGCAACACGGCAGCGAACGUGACUCCCGAGAUAUUCUUGGCCGAGUCCAGCUACUACCUGACCAUCUAUAGCCUUCUUGUCCUGACGGGAUGCGGCGUCGCGGUUGGUCGCGCCUUCCUGGCCUGGGCUGCUGGACUGUCUGCGUCCCGCGUGCUGUUUUCCCGGAUGACGACGGCGCUGUUCCGCGCUCCCAUGGCUUUCUUCGACACGAAUCCCGUCGGCCGAGUCUUGAAUCGAUACGGCAAUGACCUGACAGCUAUCGACACGCGGAUUCCAAGCCUCAUUGGCGCCUUCUUCACGCUUGCCGUAUCGAGUGCUUUCACGGUGGGCACAACUGUGUGGGCAAUGAAGAGCAUGGCGGUCUUGAUCUGCCCCCUUCUCGUGUACUACUACCGGAUGGCGUUGUUCUAUCUCGAAUCUGCCCGCGCCAUCGAACGCAUCCAUACCGUGACCAAGUCGCCGCUGUUGAACUUGACGGCGGAAAUCAUUGACGACGCGCACGUUGUCCGCGCGAAUGGACAACACCACGUCGACCGCCUCGUUCUUGUCCAUCACGCCAAUGUCGAUCGGAACAAUCAAGCGUUCUUUACAGCACAGGUGGCCAACCAGUGGUUCCACCUCCGCACGCAGCUCUUCAGCGCGUGCAUGAUGCUUGGCCUUGGGUUGACGCUGGUCGUCAUGCGAAUGUACUUGAGCCCGGGCAUCGUUGGGCUCGUCCUGAGCUACACCUUCCAGAUCUUUCCGGUGCUCGAAAUGGUCGUGUUUCUCUGGUCAAACUUGGAAACCCAAAUGGUCGCCGCCGAGCGUGUCGUCGAGUACACGGCUCUGCCGAGUGAGCCGAUGCGAGUCGUCCCGGGUGCAGUUGCCGCGACGUGGCCGGUCCACGGUGAGAUCGAGUUUGACAACGUGAGCUUUCGAUACAAGCCGACCGACCCGUUGGUACUCAAGCACGUGUCCGUGCGCAUUGCAGGGGGCGAACACGUCGGUCUUGUUGGCCGCACGGGAGCCGGCAAGUCGAGUUUGACGAUGGCGCUGUUUCGCAUGCACAACGUGGCCAGCGGAGUGAUUCGAAUCGAUGGCGUCGACAUUGCCUCAGUUGGCAUGCACACUGUGCGAAGUCGGAUGGCCAUCGUUCCGCAGAGCCCAGUCCUAUUUCAAGGCACGGUGCGGAUGUACUUGGAUCCGAACGACGACUUUACAGACGACCGACUGUGGGCAAGUUUGCGCAAAGUGCACCUGGCCCACCGGUUUGAGGCAGUGGGUGGGAAGAAGCUGGAGUGGUCUGUGAAUGAGGGCGGGUCCAACUAUAGUGUGGGCGAGCGUCAGAUUCUGUGCUUGGCUCGGGCGCUGCUCCGCCAAGCCAAAGUUGUCGUCAUGGACGAAGCCACUGCAGCUACAGAUGCGGCGACCGACGACCGUCUGCAACACAUCAUUCGCACUGAGUUCCAGCAUUCGACGGUGCUCAUCAUCGCGCAUCGUCUGUCCUCGGUGCGUCACUGCGACCGCAUCAUGGUGUUUGAAAACGGCCGUGUCGUCCAAUGCGAUUCCCCCGAUGCCCUACUUGUCCAAGAGAAAGGAGUCUUCCACGACUUGUGUCGACGUGGCGUUGUCGAACAGGGGCAGAAAGUGGACAUUCUAACCAACUCCUGAUCGUUGAA